GAUGGCCACAGCACAUCGGUGAAUAUAUAAAUAAACUCCUCUUUCUUUACUGCCACUUUAUACAAUAUGGCUAUUCAAUGGGUUUAUGCUAAUGGAUCUAUAUGGACCAUCUUUGAUAAAAACACGCAGCAGCAAAUUGAAGCACUAUGGUCAAAGCACACAUCAGGUUGGAUACAAAGUAGCUCAUUCAGAGGGCCCGUGUUUGUAGAUACAACCCAAAUGGUUCUUAUAGCUGAUGGAUAUUCCUGUGCUAUUGCUCGAAGAACGACGUAGUAGAUGCCGUAUAGAAAGAAUAAAAUGGAAAUGUAGAUAGAUAUAUAUAUAUAUAUGCAUGCGCUUC